CUCGGCCAGAUUCCGAUAUUCAUCCUAGGAAGGAAAAUUGCUGUUCCCAGCGAGCAUUGCGCUUUCCCUCUUCGCGUUAGAACUUCCGGGUUGUCGGUGGGGUGAAGUGAAAGGGGCAUGGCGACCCCCGAGCAGGCUGAAAGUGGGAAAGGAGCCAUGGGGACCCGGACCUCCAAAGACAAGAAAACGAGCAAAGGUGAUUCUGAACUUCUCACUGUUCCUGAUGGAUGGAAAGAGCCAACAUUUAAAAGAGAAGAUAACCCUAGAGGUCUUCUGGAAGAAAGCAGCUUUGCCACUCUCUUCCCAAAAUACAGAGAAACUUACUUGAAAGAAUGCUGGCCAUUGGUGCAAAAAGCUUUGAAUGAACACCACAUCAGUGCAGCUUUAGACUUAAUAGAAGGAAGCAUGACUGUCAGCACAACAAAGAAGACAUUUGACCCGUAUAUAAUCAUCAGAGCCAGAGAUUUAAUAAAGCUUUUAGCAAGAAGUGUUCCAUUUGAGCAGGCUGUACGCAUUCUUGAAGAUAACAUUGCAUGCGACAUCAUUAAAAUAGGUUCCCUGGUAAGAAACAGAGAAAGGUUUAUAAAAAGAAGACAGAGGCUUAUUGGUCCUAAUGGAUCAACUCUCAAGGCUCUGGAACUGCUAACAAACUGCUACAUCAUGGUUCAGGGGAACACCGUUUCAGCUCUUGGACCUUUUAAUGGCUUAAAAGAGGUUAGGAAAGUUGUUCUGGAUACAAUGAAGAAUAUUCAUCCCAUAUACAACAUUAAGACUCUGAUGAUUAAGAGAGAGUUAUCAAAAGAUCCUGAAUUAAGAUCACAGAACUGGGAACGCUUUUUGCCUAAGUUCAAACACAAAAAUUUGAACAAACGAAAGGAACCAAAGAAGAAAAAUGUCAAGAAGGAAUAUACUCCCUUCCCACCUCCACAACCAGAGAGUCAGACUGAUAAGGAAUUGGCAAGUGGUGAAUAUUUCUUGAAAGAAAGUCAAAAGAAGCGUAAGAGAGUAGAGGAGAUAAAGGCAAAACAGGCAGAGGCAAUUAGUAGGAGGCAAGAGGAGAGAAACAAAGCUUUUAUUCCACCCAAGGAAAAGCCAGUUGUAAAAACAAAGAAAGCUUCUGCUGAAACACAAAUUGAUAUUGAAGUUAUUAAAGAAAAGGUUAAAAAGGCAAAGAAGAAGAAGCUAGGAGCACUUCCAGCGGAAGAAGUUAAGUUAAAAAUUGCAGCAGAUGAAAAGAAGAAAAAGAAAUGAUCAUCCCUUAAAAUUGUAGUACUGUCUUUUUCCCAAGAGAAGAUUUUAUGAACUCUAGAUUUAUAAUUGACUUUAUUGUCAUAUUGCCAGUGAACAUCAAAACAUUUGAAAAUCUCACUUUCUCUGCUGGCUGAAAACAGCGAUUCAAGGCUUGCAGAACGUAAAACUGACAGCUUGUUCUGUUGCAUUCUGAACAAAAUGGGUAACUCAAAGCUUUUAAUAUGAAGACUUUUUGCAUACACAGUAUUACCGCUAAGAUUUUCUAUGGUGUAUGAAUAUUGACUGAACAUGCUUUGUAUUUGCCUGAACACAAAUGGUUGAAAGUGUGAGUGCUGAUAGGGGUGUGCAUGAAAUCCCCCCAUGAUGCAUAGGGAAGGUCUGUUGAGGGCUACUACUUGCAUUUGCUGAAAGCAUUUGCUUUUUCAGGGCCCCUGAUCUCAUGGAGGGUUUUGUUUCUAUUCAAGCAACCUGCAGACCUUCUCUGUUCAACACGGGAUGUGAAGAUAUUGAUGCAGAGCUUGAAUGCCCUCUAUCCACACUUGAGUGUUAGCAUAUUUAGGCGAAUGCCUGCACACACCUGUGCUUGGCAUUUAUUUGUGAUACUGUUGUGUGUAACUCUUUUGAAAGAGUGUUUCUCUAUGAGAAUGUUAAAUCUUGUUUUUCCAAGUACAGUUGUAAAUUUGUUUGUAUUUAAAGUCUACCAAAAUCUGCAGUUUA